ACGAUGUCGCACAAGAUUGCAAUUCUUUUUGCUCUUCUGGUUGCGGUAGUCGCCUGCGUCCAGGCACAGGCCGAUCAGCGUCAUCGCCUCGUUCGACCGCAGCCACGAUUCUCACCAAGACCGCGGUACUCCGUUGGCCAGCGUAUUGUCGGUGGAUUCGAGAUCGACGUCUCCGAUGCUCCGUAUCAGGUGUCUUUGCAGCAUAACAAGCGUCACAACUGCGGAGGUUCCGUCCUGUCCAGCAAGUGGGUUCUAACAGCAGCUCACUGCACUGCUGGAGCGUCGCCUUCCAGCUUGACUGUGCGACUGGGAUCCUCGAAACACGCAUCGGGUGGAACCGUUGUCAAUGUUGCACGUGUCGUACAGCACGCUAGCUACGACAGCAGCAACAUCGAUUUCGACUACUCCCUGCUGGAGCUGGAAAGCGAGCUUACCUUCAGUGAUGAAGUCCAGCCAGUUGCUCUUCCCGAGCAGAACGAAACGGUAGAGGAUGGAACCAUGACGACCGUUUCUGGUUGGGGCAGUACACAGAGUUCUGCUGAAUCAAACGCUGUUCUUCGCGCUGCCAACGUACCGACCGUCAAUCAAAAAGAAUGUGAUAAGGCUUACUCAUCGUUUGGAGGAGUCACCGAUCGUAUGCUGUGCGCCGGAUACCAGCAGGGUGGAAAGGACGCUUGCCAGGGAGACUCGGGCGGUCCGUUGGUCGCUGAAGGAAAGUUGGUUGGUGUCGUUUCUUGGGGCUACGGAUGUGCUCAGGCCGGAUAUCCAGGAGUGUACUCGCGGGUGGCCAGCGUACGCGAUUGGGUUCGUGAAAACAGUGGAGUGUGAACGGUUCCUCACACGUGUAAUAACCUCAGAUAACGUGAAAGACGUAAGAGUAAAAAAUAAAGCCGCACAGA